CUUAUUUCUUUGAUCGUAUAAUGUCAACAACCUCCUACCAACUUCAAUACAACAAUAUCGUCUUUCAUCAUGUACCAAAUUCUCAAGCUCCAGGCCUGUUGGGCGCAAUGCUCGUCUUUGCAUUUUGCCUGGGCGUGAUCAGUCUGGAAUUGGUGUUCAAUUUGGGGUAUGACUACAAGCUAAUCAAAAGAAUUGGUUGGAAAGAACCUCAUUCAGCGUUAAAUCGACUUGCAUACUUUCUUUGUCGUUACGGUUCUUUUUUGUUCUUUUUGAUCACUUUGAUCUUUAUGAAUGCGCCUGGCACUGAUUGUGAUCGCUUUGCAAUUGCUGUCAAUGUGAUGUGGGUAAUCCCAUUCAUCUUUGUCGAUUUGAUCUUCGUACAACGCACUCUGGCUGUGUAUGGAUGGAACAUGCUCUUGACCGUCUCUUUGGGAUCUUUGUAUCUGAUCUACGUCGCCCUGUGCUCAUAUAGCGUGAUCAAAUUUGGACGAGGUUACAAGAUUCCAUAUUCCGACUUUUGUGCAUAUCAAACAUUCUCGACACAUUCGGAGCCGCAUGCUACGGCUUUUAUCGUUUUCUUUGUCAUAAUGACUUUGUUGGAUACUUUAGUUCUUCUAUUGACAACGCAUCGACUAUUGGAAGGAGGGCUAUUGAGUUUGGGAGAAGUCAUUUUGACCAAAGUGAGCAAGAUAUGCGAAACUCGAUUGCCAAAUAGGUCACAAGAGAAGACAGAAGAGGAAGAAGAGUCUUUGAAAGGAUUACUGCUGCGACAAGGUAUUAUUUAUUUCCUCAUUUUGGAGUUUUCAAGAUUUGCAUUUUUGAUCGUCUACUAUACGGUCAACAACAACACCUCAUUUCAAGUAUUGAUUUGCGGCAUCAUUGUGCUGAUAGGUCCAUUGAUGGCCGGCAUGCUGUUCCGCCAAACUUCUGAAGCUGUCAGACGUACUCAAUACACAAAAGAUGCAGAAAGAGGUCAGGUAUCCAGUUUCGGUAAUUGUGGCAGUCCUGAUCCCAUGACAAACUCUUUCCGACCGCUUCUUUCGAUGCCUUCCAUCCCCAAUAUCGUGCGAGAUGACAGUAUAAAUUUGGUUUCAUCAAGACGCUACGAUUCGAUGUCAUCAAUGGAGAUGUCUCCCAAGAAAUUCAAAAGUGUGGAAAAUUUUGGAGGUAAUAUGAGCCGAAAAAGUAGUGGUUCUUUGCUGUACAAUCUGAACAAUGAAGCAUUCAAGGCAGAAGGUUUAGAACAGGUACAUGUUGACCUAACACAGCGUCCGGACAUCGAACUGGUACCUGUCACCUCAAAUUCUUCCAUGCAUCACCGCUCAAUCAGUCAAGGCACGACUUCUUCCCCAAGACAAUCCCCACAACACAAACGAUUCUAUUCAGCCAAGACGCCCUACCUUUCCAAUUCCGAUCAUGGACAUCGUGUAUUUGCACCUACCACGGAUUAUUCUCGUACGAUCUCAAGAGUAGAAGAUGUACAAGACAGUGCACCCGUUCCGUUCGCACAACAAAGACGUGGAAGUUCGAAGAAUAUUCAUGCUCACGGAGUGGCUCGAUAAGUUUUAUUUUCAUUUUCGUUUUCGAUUAAUUGUUUCCCCCUCAGCACCUAGCAUCAGACUGUAUUCUACUUGCAUGUUUGUAUAUAAGCACGUUUCGUUAAUCAACUUCUCGCCAAUGAGGAAG